AUGGACCGGGACAGCCGGGAGCUUCAAAUGCGCCAAGACAUUGCCGUCAUUGAAACCGUCGCCUUUUCCGUCGAAGAAGUCAGACGCGUCCUCAGUCAAAUAAAACCUGAUAAGUCUCCUGGACCCGACGGAAUUCCCGGGCUGAUACUUAAGGAGCUAUCAACGGAGCUGUCAAAGCCUCUUUCGACUCUCUUUGAGCUGUCAAUGGGAACAGGAAGGCUGCCCUCACAGUGGAAGACAGCUAACCUCGUUCCAUUGCAUAAGGGAGGUAGCAGGAUGACAGCAAGCAGCUUUAGGCCUAUUAGCUUAACUUGCCUCCCUUGCAAAACGAUGGAAGCUAUAGUAAAGAGCGCUAUACAGCAAUUUUGUGAAGAAAAUAACAUCUUGCAGGAUUUUCAACAUGGCUUCCGGAGAGGACGUUCCUGCCUCUCAAAUCUGCUAGUCUGUCUGGAGAUCUGGACCAGGGCUCUAGAAGAGGGUUUUGAGGUCGAUGUCGUAUACAUCGAUUUCCGCAAAGCUUUUGACACUGUCCCGCACCAACGUCUUCUUCACAAAUUGAGCGCCAUCGGCAUCCGGGGAGAUCUUCUGAACUGGAUUAGGGCGUUUCUGGUUGGUCGGAAACAACGUGUCUGUGUCGGGGAUGAUAUGUCAGAAUGGGUGAAUGUGACCAGUGGUGUGCCGCAAGGCUCAGUUCUGGGACCAUUGCUCUUCAUCCUUUACGUUAACGACAGCCUUCAGGAACUCGACUGCGGCAAAAUAAUGUUUGCAGACGACGUUAAGCUCUGGCAAGUCAUUAAGGGUCCGAAUGAUCAGAGAUCCCUUCAAGAUAAUCUGUACCGACUGCAAGCGUGGUCGAAGAAAUGACUUAUAGAUUUCAAUGUGGAGAAGUGUGCCAUCCUUCAUCUGCGUCCAACCAACUCUCAUUUAAAUGAGAACCUGAGGACAUAUCACCUGAAAGAUAUAAGUCUCCCCGCAGAAUCUUCACAGAAGGAUCUCGAGGUUUGGAUACAGAACAACCUGAAACCAACACUGCAGUGCCUUAAGGCUGCAAAAAACGCCAUGGGAGUGCUGCAUGCAAUAAAAAGGGCUUUCGUUAACUUUGACCAAAACCUUUUUGGGAGAGUUUACGGCACAUUUGUUCGGCCCCACUUAGAAUAUGGCAUACAAGCAUGGCGGCCGUGGCUAGUAAAGGACCAAGCAUGCCUCGAACGAGUACAACGGCGUGCAACAAAGCUGGUAAACGGCCUAAAAGGCCAAUCCUACACAGAAAGACUGAAUUACCUUAAUUUAUUCCCUCUGUGUUACAGGCAGCAAAGAGGUGAUCUUAUCCUCGUCUACAAGAUAAUACAUGGCCUUGAGUAUGGACUUAAAUUUGAGGACAUGUUUCAGUGGCACCUUUCACCCAAUCUUCGUGGUCACUCGAUGAAGUUACGGGCAACAAUGUCCAGGCAGAAUCUUCGUUCUGAAUUUUUCACGCAGAGGGUAGUGGAGAAAUGGAACGAUCUCCCUCAGUCAGUCGUGGAGGCUACGUCCCUGCAACUCUUCAAGAAACGCUUGGAUGAUUAUUUGUGUCCCCUGUUUUCCCUCGACAGUCUGAAUCUGAACUAAUACCCCUGGUCCAGACAAAUAUAUUCUCUGAGACAAUGCUACUCAAAUGAACCAAGUACUGUUUUAAUAGUGAACAUUUUUUGUUAGUGUACAGUUAUUUCUAACGAGCUGACAUGUAAUCAAUAGGGUUUUCAAAGGCUUUGCCUAUUAUCCUUACCAAAUAAACUGAAACCCUACUGUGGUUCGCCGGUAUUCGGCCCAAUGACCUUCGGGAUGAGGGGAGUAGCCAAUGGAGAGGCGCCCGACUAAGAUGACAGCGCUGCAGAGAGAGUAAACGCACGUGAUCUCCAGUGAUUGGUUAGCUCUUGUUUUUGAGAGUGUAGGCACUUCCAACAAUAGCAUUCUCUCCUGCAGCAUCAAAAUCGACGACAAAAUGGCUUAUCGGAUCUUGAAAGCAAGUCAGGUCUUCGGUCGGCUGCAGAGCCCAGUAUGGAAUCGCCACGGUCUCCACGUCAACACCAAAUUAAGAUGCACAAAGCCGUCACCUCUACGACGUUGCCGUAUUGAGCGGAGGCCCGCACGGUCUGAAAGGAACAAGCGCGGAAACCCACUCCCUUCCAUCUCACCUGCCCCGGAUAAUCCUAAAGCUGCGAUGGCAGGACAAGAUGCCGGGCGCAGGAAUCCUCAGCAUCCACACCAAUCUGUGGCAACCACAAUGACAAUGGAACGACUACCUCGCGGGGGUGGGCGAUGAGCGUUCACUAAAACGACUUUUCUGCUGAGAUGUCGCCACGGAUGCUUGUCAAACACGCUGCCACUGGGACAACAUAAAGAUUCGAAGUGUUUUCAAACUGAGCCGAAAACCUGGAAAGAUCUUGCAAAGGACCGAUCGGCCUGGAGAGGAGCAGCCAUCUAAGAAGCCAACCGGAUAGCCGAUGCCAGAGCCAAAGAGCGGCUCGCAGGUUUUGAACGCCCCGACCCAUAAGGCCAACACCCAACCUCUUUCAACAUGCCCACGGUGCCAACGAACUGUCUGCGCAAGGAUCAGCCUCGUCAAACAUCCCAGGAUCCAGUACAACAGCUAUCCAAAAAUUCCAAUCGUCACCCCUGUACCAGCCACCACGGCGUCCGGGACAGCGACCUGUUCCAGCACCGAUGGUCAAACUGCCGAUGUCCCGCCGCCGUCAAUCGCGGUCAUCUAUAUUAUCCCUACCACGAACUCUGCAACCAUGGCGACGAAUGCCAGAUAUCCCACUACCACCGGCGACCAAAACUUCCCGGAUGCCCUGUCGAUCAUCGCCCUCAUUAUCACCAUCUCCAUCCCCUGCGAUGAGGACUCGGUCCCAACCUGUCCUAAUUGCAAUUACACACUCAACUCACGCAUCGGCCGGGUCGGUCGCUUGCGAAUCUACCGCAUCAGCGCCAGUAGCCCUACAUUCGCUGAUCGCAUCCGCCUCCACUGUUAACGCGCAUUUAUUCGCUCCAUGUGCUUAUACGGUCACAUGUGUAUUCACAACAGCGGAAUUCACAGCAGUGUGGACAUGGCUGCCCAGUCAUCCUCGUCCUUCUGACUCCUGCUGGGGUGAUGUUGUUGCCGGUGAAAAAUCCCGGUCAAGUGUGUGUUGUGGACUAGGGGGUGUGGUGACGCGUCUAGGUGCGGGUCCGACCGCGCCAGUCACCUUCGUCCUCUCUUGCCUCCAGCCUUUUGACUCUGUCUUCACAUCGGGUCCAGGUGGGAGAGGAUGAGAGAGUGCGGCAGAUGUAGCACAAGUAAACCAUCACUAUAAAAUAAUUCACUUGCAAGUCAUCGUCCCUGCUCUCACCCCGCUGUAGAGCACACGGUGGAUAUCGUCGAAGUCGACGGUCGAAAUGUCAGGAGACGCACAGGACACGCGGUCAAGGCUACACAGAGUUCUAGCCGUGUUGAUAAAGAAACAUGGCGACAAGCAAUGAAACGGACAAAAGCUUUACCGCGAGAACAGCAGGUCAUUUAACAGGCGGGACUUGUAUAAAUGGCAAAAUAAGAAGGCAGCGAAAGAAGAGGGGAGAAAAGUGAUAAUAAACAGAGCAAGUGCUUCAUUUCCGGCCACUUGGAAUUGCGACAUUGAUCACACCGGCACAGGAUACACGGGCAGGCUGGUCAGGCGCGCAGAAUGGCCGCCAACGCCAGUUACUUAAUGGGUCCUAGAGCAAAUAAAAAAGUGCCAGUAAACAUGUGGAGUUGUGGCAGUUAGGGAGAAGACGUGUGCAUCACAGUUCAAAUGAGGCAGUUGAUAGCAAGACGGCGCGAGAGAUAACCGGUGUGGAAAUACCGCCAGGCAUCGGUCGGGGGAUUCGUCCAACCUCACUCCGCCCACAUGCAUAAAAUUGACUGUUCGACCGUCGCAGGCGACUACGUGCACUCCCCGGGAGUGGACGCAGCAUCGGCUAGGCACGCGGGUUAAUUAGUUUGUAGAGAACCAGGCUCGCGCAGCAUCUACCGCAAUCUCUCCUCUCCCCCGCUGACUGUGCCCCAAAAGCGGGGCUGUGUCAAGACGACCGGAAGCAGGUGCAGGCGAGUAGAUGACAAAGUUAAACAGCCCGUCUACGCGUGCCAUCCACACGACGUGGUUGUCGCCACAGGUCGGCCCGUAUCUUACAUAAAUGACAAUGUCAUGGAGACCAAACCAAGAAGGAAUCAUUACAGCCUCAGUCCUGAUGAGGACCGAGUUGUCCCCUCAGUUGGUAACCUUCCAAGCCGUGCCUUAUGGCGUAUCAGAUUGGUUAUGCUGAGGAUGCGCUGAUGUACGGCGGGGAUGAAUUUCCCGGGGUUUGCCCCACUCCCUUCUCUUUCCCAGACAUGUCAAUCAGUUGGUAAUGGUAUUGAGAGCAGUGGCCGACGCGGUCUAAGUCCAAUGUACGACAGUGGUAAUAACUCUGGGCAGACAGAUCAUGGUGUUCUGUGGGGGCCAGUGUGAUCCCCGUUUUUUGUCCAGCGUACUCGUUCGUGUUCGACCGAGGGCGUUCCAAAGGGUCAGUAUCAUCUUCCCGAUUGGCAAUUUCAAAGCGGCUAGUGGAAAAAAACCGCCAAACCGAUACUCUAGUGACAGAAACGCUUAUUAGCAUGUCCUAAACUUUGAAGGCCACGUCGGCGAUGACAGAGGAUCUGAAUGGGCAAAGGGUGGCGUCAACAGUGGUUCGUCCCACUGUAUGUCAAAAUGAUGCCUUCCCCCCCCCCCAACUGAUCCGCACACGAAAAGACAAAGGUUAAGGCCAGAAAAUGAAAGCGCCCCUAUACGUGGCGGGUGAGUGUGAGAACUGGUCGUUAGGUCGUGAAACCACAGCCGGGCGUCAGGGUGAGGGAGGCACUGACUCUGAUGAACAUCUCUCACUAUAGGUCGACGGGGUGAGAAGCUAAGGCCCCGUGAGCCCUUGACAUUACCAACGACCCUCGGUGGGGCCUCAUAGCUCAGGUGGUUAGUGCUGGUGAUACUGAAAGCCUUGCCCGCUGCUGUUGUGGGUUCGAAUUCCAUCGAGGCCGCCGCGUUCUUUCCCAAUUCGGUCAUAAUGAGGCUAGAUGCUGUGAUCCAACUCUACUUGAAUUAGUCUUGUCGAUGGAGCGAGGUGGGAGUUCGGAGAGUGGGGUCGAUGCCGAGCGAGUUUCCCAACGUGUAAUCCGUUGCAGCACCACGUCCCCCAGGAAUGGGCAUAGUUCACACUGGAAACUAUGGGUAAAACGUCGAGUGGAGUGGUAGCAAGCUCAGCUGGCAGGAUGAUGAGGAUGAUGAUGAUGAUGAUGAUGAUGAUGAUGAUGAUGAUGAUGAUGAUGAUGAUGAUGAUGAUGAUGAUGAUGAUGAUGAUGAUGAUGAUGAUGAUGAUGAUGAUGAUGAUGCGGAGGAGGAGGAGGAGGAGAAGAAGAAGAUUGUCGCCGUUGUUGGGGUGGUGACGACAGCGAUGACGACGAUAAUGGCGAUAAUGGGUGUUGUUAUUGUCGGGCAGAAAAACGACGCCUCCGCGUGUGUACUAUCGACUACAUCCUAG